AUUUGUUUGGUCGCUAAUGAAGUGUUGUCUAUAUUGUUGAAAAUAGAGCACCUGUACUAGAUCGAUAAAGAAAAUGGUCGUCAGACAGAUGUUAUGAUUUGUUUUGAAAUAUUGGAUUUUGUCCAAACAUGUGAUUUUCGGAAUGGCUAGUCCUAAUGGUCAAGAAUAUGUCAAAAAUCUUGAAAGAAUAUAGCUGUGACGCAAUGACGUGGCUUUGUUGAUCAGUGAACGGAUUUUUUAUCUGCUGCAGGAAAUUGUGAAAUCGCGGAACUGGCAUAGUGAUUCUUAGUUGUCAAAAUACCAUGAAGAUGUCAGUAUGAUUUAACAGUGUAACCAUUUUUGUUUUGACCAAAACUCCACUAUAUCUGUUAGUAAAUACAAAACAAAAUGGGCAAUCUUUUUAACAAGAGUAAUAAAUCUGGGCCUGGGUUUAGGACGGUGGUACCAAACCAUGUGGUUGGGGACAUCCCACCCAAACACAAGAGUCACCCUAACCGGGAUUACCGGAGCAACAGAAUCAAAACCACCAAGUACUCCAUUGUGACAUUCCUACCCAAGAAUUUAUUUGAACAGUUUCAUCGAUUUGCCAAUUUAUAUUUUAUAUUAGUUGUAGCCUUGAAUUGGGUCCCCCAAGUCCAGGCCUUUGGAAAGGAGAUAGCCAUGAUACCUGUGAUAUUCGUACUUGCCGUUACGGCUGUGAAAGAUGCAUUUGAAGACUUUAGGCGAUAUAAAUCUGAUAGAAAAAUCAACCAUCAUACUUGUCGACGAUAUUCUAGUUCUGACAAGCGAUAUGUGAAGAGUGAGUGGAUGGAGAUCCACGCAGGGGAUUUUGUUCACCUGGCCUGCGAUGAAAUCAUUCCAGCAGACAUUCUACUGCUCCAUUCCAGUGAUCCGUUAGGGAUCUGUCACCUAGAAACCAGCAACCUCGAUGGAGAGACCAACCUAAAACAGCGACAAAUCGUCCACGGACUCAAAUACGAAAGGAAAAAGUUUGCUGUGGAACAAUUCAAAUACAACGUAGAAUGUGAACUUCCCAAUGCUGAAAUUUACAAAUUUAAUGGCUUCAUUAAGCUGGAGUCGGGGGAGAAGGUGUCCCUCAACAAAGACAACCUCCUGCUGCGGGGGUGCACCAUUAAAAACACGGACUUUGUGGAGGGGAUCGUCUUAUACGCUGGACACGAGACCAAGGCAAUGUUAAACAAUCGUAAUCCGCGGUACAAGAGAAGUAAGCUGGAGCGGCGUAUUAAUCGUGACGUCAUCUACUGCGUCAUCCUCCUGUUAUUCCUGUGUCUGUUCUGUGCCAUCGCCAGUGGGAUAUGGCUGUCUAACUUUGAGGACAGUACCACCGUUCUGUUUAUCCCCUUUGAGAGUCUGGAGUGGUACAACCCAUAUUUCCAGGGAUUUGUUGUCUUCUUCACCUACAUCAUCAUUUUUCAGACUGUGAUACCUCUUCCUUUAUAUGUCUCAGUGGAAAUUGUCAAACUAGGUCAAGUGUACUUUAUUAAUAACGACAUUGAGCUUUAUUACGAACCAAUGGACAAGCGGAUGGAAUGUCGAGCCUUAAACAUCACGGAGGAUUUAGGUCAGAUAGAGUACAUCUUCUCAGACAAGACGGGCACGCUGACAGAGAACCAGAUGGAGUUUAAGUCGUGUACGAUCGGCGGGACGGAUUAUCCACAUACUCCAGAGUUUGAGGAGGAAGAUGAUUUUAGUGAGACUGGCAGCAGGUACUCUCUGGCCAACAUCAGCAGGACAAGCUCGGUGAUGGAAAAUCUCAAACUCGAGCCGGGUCUAGAACGAGAAAUCUCACGAAUGUGCCUACGAAGUUUAAACAGUGUUAAUUUGGACCUGCCAGAGUUUAUCUCCCCUAACUCUCAGAGAAUUCAGGAAUUUUUCUUACUCAUGGCUAUCUGUAACACUGUAGUUGUCACGCAUCACGCUCAUGAAGAUUUGAUGGAUGAUUGUGGAUCCAUUCUUGAAGGACAUUAUAAAGGCAGAAAUAGGUCACAAGAUGACCUUGAUAAAGUUAGUAAAAGUGAAGAGUCGCCCCAGAAGAAAAGUUUCCCGAUAUUAAAUCUCCCAGAUACCCCCAUACAACGCAAGGGGGCACUUCCACCCUUGGGACAAAGGGAGGUAGGGACACCACCUCUCUCUAAGAAAAAUGGAGGUAUACACGUACCUCCGAUUACAAUAUCUAAUUCUGGGGACUUUGACAGAUUUCGGGAGUACGGGAUUAGUACGCCCUCAGAGGGCAGUAUAGCCGGGUCGUCAUAUAUCUCAGACGGCUCACAGAACAGUCGCUACGAGGCUGAGAGUCCAGACGAGCUUGCUCUUGUCAGAGCUGCCUGUACGUACGGAUGUCGACUAAUUAAUCGUAGUGUGGAUAAAGUCAGGGUGUGGCUACCCGGUGAGGGUGAGGUAGAGUUUGAGAUACUGGAGGUUCUACAGUUUGAUUCGACCAGGAAACGGAUGUCUGUGAUUGUGAAGAACCCCAACAACAAGGAACUGGUCAUGUUUACCAAGGGGGCCGACACAGCCGUGCUGGGGGUCCUCCACAAAAAGUUCAAAGAGGAUAAGGAACUACACCGACUGGUGAAGGAGUCAGAGAAGCAUAUACUGAACUAUGCAAUGCAGGGACUCAGGACUCUAUGUAUGGCCAAAAAGAUCCUGAGUCGUAAGGAGUAUGACGAGUGGAAGGUGAGAUUUAACGAAGCCUCGGCCGCCAUGGACAACAGGGAAGAGAAGAUUCUACAAGUGGCGUGCGAGAUAGAGAAAGACCUGGAGCUUCUGGGUGCCACAGGUAUUGAGGACAAGCUACAAGAAGGUGUGCCAGAGACGAUAGAUAAGCUGAGGAAGGCAGGGAUCAAAGUCUGGGUCCUCACAGGAGACAAACAGGAAACAGCCAUUCAGGUAGCUUACUCCUCUAAGCUGAUUGGACAGAAAGAUCAGGUCAUCGUCAUCAAUGCAGAAAAUCUGGUAUGUACAAGGGACCUCUUGGAACACCACAUACAGCAGAUCAAUCGGGACACAGCGGUCACAACGUCAUCCUCAGCCCAGUCCAAGAAGCAGGAGUACACCCUGGUGAUCGACGGUCGGACCCUGGCAUACGCGCUCAAUGAGCAGCUGGAAGACUUAUUCCUUAACCUGGCUCAGAAAUGCACAUCUGUGGUGUGUUGUAGAUCCACUCCCAUACAGAAGGGCUCAGUGGUCAAGUUAGUUCGAGACAAGCUGAAUAAGUUAACGUUGGCAAUAGGUGACGGAGCCAAUGACGUCAGUAUGAUACAGGUGGCCGACAUCGGGAUUGGGAUUUCUGGACAGGAAGGCAUGCAAGCCGUCAUGGCAUCAGAUUUUGCCAUUUCUCGCUUCAUGUUUCUCCAGCGCCUCCUUCUGGUCCAUGGACACUGGUGUUACUGUCGCCUCGCGCGAUUCUCCUCCUUCAUGUUCUAUAAAAGCUUGGGAAUUGAGUUCACCAUGCUCUGGUUCCAGCUCUAUAGCGGAUACUCGGGCUCACUCCAAUUCAACAGCCUCUUUCUGUUGUUUAUCCAUGUCUUAUUCACGGCGUUUCCGCCGGUCGUUAACGGCAUAUUUGACAAAGACUUAAUGCCGUCCACCCUGUUACACUUCCCCGAGGUGUAUAAAAUGGGGAUUGAGGAUAAGCAAUAUACUCGUUUUAGUUUUUUCUUCGCACUUCUGGACUCCAUUUAUCAGAGCAUUAUCCUUUAUUGGGUGGCUCACUUUGCCUACGAGUCGGAGCAGGUGGGAAUCUGGGAGUUUGGCACCACUCAAAUGGUGGCGCUCAUCUUAAUCAUAUUAUUUACAGGGGCAAUAGACACAUACUCAUGGAUCUGGCCUCAGUGGUUGACCAUGAUCCUGAGUUUUGUGUUUUUCUGGCUGUUUGCCAUCGUCUGUCACGCCAUCUGGUUCACGUUUGACCACCCGGCCAAUCCUUACUGGGUGAUGCAGAAUACACUGGUCAAACCCAUCCAUGUUAUCACUGUGGUCAUCAUCACUGUACUGUCUCUGUUCCCAAGAUUUGUGAUCCGGAUAUUCCAGAGAACGGUGUUUCCAGAUUCAAUCGUAAAAGCUCAAUUCUGGGAGAAAAGUCAGCAUAAUCGUCGCGACUCGGCUCACUCGAUCGAUACUCAGGACACUGGAGACGUAAUCUCAAGUCAGGAGUCGCGGACUGACACACGGACGUCUGAGCAGGACAUCAGGAUACGUAACGGAGGCAGCAGAAAAACUACAACAACGAUAGCGUAACAAUAGGUUCUGUAUAAACUGAUGAACUGCUACAGGUAUGGUGCUGUGUUUGACUGGGAGAGGGCUGAUGAUGUGCCACCACCUAGUGACGAGAACAAGGGAGAGGGGAACCAGAACAGACGACCUAGUUACAGACCACCAGCUCACCAGCUUAAUUGCUCCGACAUUCAGUCCCAAUAUGGACGCUACAUAGAGAUCUCAUUAGAUGCGGAGGGGUGGUGAAAUGAUUCAGUGGAGGGAAGGUUAACGUAGAGGUAGCUUCAUUCUGGACCAAACACUGUCUUUCAUCAUUAUAAACAGUUACUGAGAGAGAGUGGGGUUUGAUAUAGACAUCUAUUUAUAGGCAAGCUAUGCUGCUGAUUCUGAUAUGUUUUUGGCUGUGUUUCUGUAUUUGUCUGUGUGUCUGUAGGAAUGUGUGUGUGUGUGCCUUAAUGUUAGAGUAACAAGUGUAUGAAUGGAAAGAGUUUAAAUUUUAUGUAUUGUGAAACUUUUUAACAUGUAUUUUUGACAAUUUUAUAUUCUAAGACUAUUGUUAAUUUAUAUAGCUGUAUAUUUGUUAAUUGUGAUCCUCAGUUCCACAGAGCUGCUCUAUUUUUGAGCAACUCGUUUUUAUUUAUUUGUAUUGAUAACCAUGUGUUCUUUGUCUCUAUUGCUCAGCCUCUUCUCAGAAGUGACCGAGGUCUUCAUUAAUCACUCUUGGCAUUCUACUUUUUUGAUUUACUGGUGACCAUUACUUUACUGUCUACUUAUUCCUAUAUAGAUUAACCUUUGCUGUAGUGAAAAUUAAUAAAAAU